ACUUGAAAGAACCGGACGUUCCUUAAAUAUUAUUGGUAAUAAUAAUUGGAAAACUAGUCCGAUUUUAAUAAAAACAGUGAUUAGUGAAUAAACACAGUGUCUUUAAACGUGAACAAGAUGUUGGGAAAGGCUGUUAUGUUUUUUGUUGCCAUUGCUACGGUAUCUGCCGGGAUAGCCAACAAAUAUCUAACAGAUACUGAGAUGCCUCCAAAUUGCGUCGGAAAGAGCUACUGUUUUGAGAAAAGUGAGAAGUAUCCUCAGAAAUUGAUCGACAGAAUCAUUGAAGAAAUAGAUCCACCUGUAGUGGAAGGUGGAGGCGGUAUGUCCAUAGCAGAACGUGGUGACGAGAAUCCUAACCAUGGAUGUGAAAGGAAGAUCGAUUUCGAGCCAAUUUACGAAAUAUUGGACAACGACGGGAAGCUCAGAUUUGUAGUACAGUCGGACAGGUUUAUUCAGAAGAUAAGGACUGAAUCUUGUGUAAACCCCGGCCGCGUCACCGGUCCAGACUUCCCAUACUUCGACGAGUACUUACUAAAUGCUUGGAACAUCAGCUGUGUUGAGAAGAGGAUGGACUACAGCUUCCUCACUCUCUCCCUUGAUGGCAAUGGCCUGGAGGACGUAGACAUCCAAGGAGGUCUACCAGUGUGCUGCUCAUGCCAGUUGAAUCCUCUGUCUUAUUUCUAAUAUGACAAAGCCAAAAGUCAAAGCUUUUAUUCAACUAAAGCCCAUUCCAGUGCGCGUAUAAAGUCCCAAAUAUAGCUUGCUCUACCACUUUGGGACAAUAUAAUGGGCUGGUGCUGAGAAGAAGUGGCGGAAGAAACUCAGUCACCUUUGUCAGCCUCUUUUUCAAUUAGAUACAGCAAUUACUUACAAUUUACGUGUUGGGCUAAUACAUCUUGUGUCAACGUAUAGAUCGGUUUUGGAGUUAAUAAAUAUGUGUAACUAAAAAUAAGCUUAAUCUCCUGGUACACAAUCAUUGUUUUGUAACCAGAAGUAAAUCUAAAUCUGAAAUAGCCCCUUUGUAACGUAGGAAUGCUGAAAACAUGUAUGAUGUAGCAUACAUCAUCAUCAUCAUCAUCAUCAUUUCAGCCACAAGACGUCCACUGUUGAACAUAGGCCUCCCCCAAUGAUUUCCACAAUGGCCGGUUGGUGGCGGCCUGCAUCCAGCGCCUUCCCGCUACCUUUAUGAGGUCGUCGGUCCACCUUGCGAUGUAGCAAAUCCAAAUAGGUUUCGCAUAAUUCGUCGCUUGCCUCUCUAACUGACGUAACUGACAUUUAGCAAAAUUUUCAGGCGAUUAGACAGAUUGAUUCGUCUUGCGAAAUUGAUUAAGAUGGUGUAGAUAACUCAGUUUCGAAAAAAAUGUCAGUUAGAGAGGCAAGCGACGAAAUGUUGCCCAUAGGAGACCUGAGAGUCCCCCAUUCGAGGCUU